UUCCUACUAGUUGCACUUGAUUAAAUGGACAGCACUACUGAAGAACCCAUGCCAUCAGCAGAAGCCUCCAAAAAUAGUCUGCUAAAUGAAGAAAAGAUACCUGAUAGCUCUGAUAACAGGCAUAAGCCAAAAGCUCUUAAAGCCAAAAAACGCAAAAAACCAAAAGAUAACACUGCUCCUAGAGUGCCACUCACAGGUUAUGUGAGAUACCUAAAUGACCGUAGAGAAGCCGUUCGUACUACGAAUCCAGCUUUAUCAUUUGCAGAAAUUACCAAAAUGCUUGCCAGUGAGUGGAGUAAUUUACCUGCUGAUAAAAAACAGCAGUAUUUGGAUGCUGCUGAACAGGAUAGAGAGCGCUAUACUAAGGAAUACAAUGCCUAUAAACAAACAGAAGCUUAUAAGUUAUUCAAAGAUCAACAACUUGAGAAGAAAGUAAAAGAAAAGGAUGAGCCUGUAAGAGCCCCAGUGGCAGCCCCUCCCCAGAAUCAGACAUUAGUUCCAAGGGAUUUUCCAGAUAUUGAUUUUGGAAAUUUAGACAUUCCUAUUUUCACAGAGGAGUUUCUUGAUCAUAACAAAACCAGAGAUGCUGAAUUAAGACAAUUGAGGAAAAUAAAUACAGACUAUGAACAACAGAAUGCUAUAUUAUCUAAACAUAUAGAAAACAUGAAGGUUGCUAUAACUAAAUUAGAAGCUGAGAUAAUGCAACAAGAAAAGAAUAAUGCCUCACUUCAGAAACAUUUGAGUCAUUUACGAACAACACUGACCAAUGGAUUUGGCAGUGUUAAGUUGCCAGGUAUAAAAGAAGUAGCUACAUUACAGAACAUAGAUAAUUACAUGACUAAUCUUCAUUCCAUACUGUUAGAAAACAGCAGUAGUGAUGCUAAUCUGCUUCAAACUGUUCGUGAUAUUGUUGACAAACUAGAAUUCAAUGGAUGACAGGGAAGUAGGACUUCCAAACGAAAAAGAAAAAUCAAAAAGUUCUUUUAAAUUUCUUGUGCUUUUAUGAUUUAAUAAUUUCAUUUGUUGGGGUGGUGAUUUCACCACUUAUAAUAUCAUUCAUUUUUUUUACUGUGAUUGUUCCAAGAAUGAUUUUAUACAUUUAGAAAAAUGUAGCAUUUGACUUGUGAUUUAUUUCUCAAUAGAGUUAAUAUUUGAUAUCAACAAUAAAUUAGGAUACUAGAAUAAUAAAAUGAUCAAUGAU